GAAGUUCUUCUCGUCCACACGAAGGAAGGUGUGCCCGAAGCAGUGAGCGAGUUCAUCCACUCCUUUGCUGGCGUCAACUACGUUGAGGUUGCCUGGGCAAAACCCUUCCAAUCCAACGGCAUUCUCACUGGCUACCUCAUCGACGUGAUUUCAGAUCGAGGAAAAUGUGACAUACCUGAAGAGAGUUGUGACUUCACGCUCUACCAAAAGAAGAUCGCUGACCCGGAUCAAAUGGCAACGAGACUUACUGGAUUGGAAAUUAACUCGUCCUAUAAGCUGAUCAUCAGUGCGCUCACAGCGGUGGGUGCGGGCAAACCAAGGGAGCUCAGAGUCCACACAGCCAAACAACGGCCUGCGAAAUCACUAGCCGAAUUUGUGGUGUCUCCGGUGUAUGGGUCGACGACUACGCUAAACGUGAGCAUUGUCAGAACGCUGGAGACGGUGGCAACUCUAAAUGAUGAAAAUCGGUAUCCGCUGCUGCAGCGCGAUGACGCUCCGUUGGAACCUGACCACAUUGCAUCAGCGAUGGUGAGGAGUGGAGAGGGGGAGGGUUCGCGAGCCUUUCUUGUGCAAUUCAAACGCCUCCAAGACGAGAACUGGGAGGAAACGGAGAAAGAGUUUGAUAAAGAUUGGCAAAUCGUUGAAAAUCUUGCUCCAGGAGAAGAAUAUGAUAUGCGCGUAAUACUUGCGCAAAGUCCAUCUCUAUCAUACGUCAGUCCUAUCCGGAUGCUUCGUGUUCCUCGGCCCGGUGAAAUCGGCUUUGGCCUAACGGGAGGCGUGAGCACUGCACCGCGUGAUGCCACUCAGAUUGCAGUAAGGAGCGGUGCGGACAUCGGAAGCGUCUCCUUUAUGCUCAGAAUCUUUGUUCCUCUCGCCAUUAUACUCUUUCUCUUCGCUCUUGUCCUCACUGUGGUCUGUUGCCUUCGCGGCCCUUUCGUGCACGAGCCCCUGAUCCAAAGAUUGUGCGCUCCCAAGACUCCGUCGUCCGCCCAGGUGGUGCACCGACUUAAUGGGUGUCGCAUGAGUGAUCGGCGCUACAUUACUGGCUCUGCUACCAUCGAAGAGUCGAAAAAAUUAAAAAAAUCUGAUGCUUCGAACGACGCGUCCAGCGAAUACAUGGAAAAAGAAACUGUGUAA